AUGAGCACAGUCGGGGGUCUUGCUAUCGCGCCAGAACCUUCCUUAAGGAGACGUGUGGGAAUAUCCGCGAGGCCGAGCGAUUUAGAAGGUUUAAUAUUCUUUAAUUCUUUCCUGACGAAUUCCUCGCUAAUAGAAAAUAGUUUGAAAACAUGGCGAGCCUUGGGUGAAAGACCGGGCCAUGAAGCCUCCUAUGAAUUUUGCGACUAUUGUGCCGAAGUAAUGUGCAAAACCCCGUGCGAUCUUCCUCGGCUCAUGAGCAAGGCCAGUGGUAGUUUCCAAACAACCUAUAUUUGAGCACUUUGUAUUGAUUGAAAUAGCAGAUUUCAGUAACUUCCAGAGUUUGGUGGAGUCCCCUUGCUCUCAUCAAUCAGGCUUGAAUAGUUAAUAGUCACGCUUCGCUGCUCCGAUAAGACUAGUUGUUGUGUUUCGGAGAGCUCUGUAAGUUGACCAUUGUUCAGGUGUUUUCAUUUUUAGUGCUUUAUUGCGGAUGGUAAUCACGCCGCAUUAUGUGAUCUCUUAUAUCAGCCGUCAACCAAGGAAGCGUCUUAGCUCGGACUCUUUUCGUGGCAAUAGGUGCGUGUCGAUCCAUUAUAUUCGUGAGAGUGCUUUUUAAAAAUUGCCACGCUUCACCUACAGUGAGGGAAGCGUCGACUAGCUACCAGGAGGCGGAAUGCAAAUCGCUACAAAAAUUCUCCUCUGCUUCUUGGAUCGCCUAACUAUAUAGACAAGCGAAUGAUCGCUGAUUGCACAGUUGUGGACACCGCUAGCGACGAUUUUCCCCAUCUCUGAGAAUUUGAUCUCUUACUUUCAAUUUACAGUUAAAGUAGUUUCAUCGAUUGAUUCGUUUUAAUUAGAAAGAACAAUAAUAAGCAAAACUAUACCCUCAUAGUCUCUAGGAGGAUUCCAAACGUUUCCACCAUUCAUUUGAAUGACUGAAAUAUUAGGCGGUCACAAGAGCAUUCCCUGCGGGUGCCCACUUUUUAAAACGGACUUCACUUUUUAACACUAAAAUUAAGGACUGUUAUGCUCACAGAUUGCAUUCACAGUAAAACGCUAUUUUCAAAUGCAUUUUUAAGCCCAAAUGUACUGCAAUAUUUUAAUACAUUUAUGAUCAGUGUGAUGGAUUUAGUAUUAAAGGAGCUGUAUCACGAAAUUCAAACAGUGGAAACUGCUACCAAACUGGGGAAACCUUAAAAUAACUGAAAUAACCACCGCUCAAAACAUUAAAGAAAGGUAUAAAUAACACAGCAAACACAAAAGAAGGCAUCGCUGGACUAAAUUAAGAAGGAUUAAAACGGAUUGCAAUACACUGUGGCUUUGAAAACCUAUUGCUUAACACUUUUCUUUUUGUUUUUGAUGUCUGUAAUGUUUGAUAUAAUGCAUUUCUUUGACAUGAAGCAGAGAUUUUGCUGUGACUUACUAGUAAUUUCGUCACUAACGUUAAGUUCCUUUGCGAAUAAGGAAGUCUAAUAUAAAAUAGGCAAAAUGAACUACCACUACUCCAAAUGACAUGCCCCCUUUAAAACCCACAGUAAAACAUGACGAUGUAUAAGGCUCGCUGUACUGUAGCAAUUUGUAAUAAUCAUCGCACUUUGUAAUACCUGUCGCAAUUUGUAAUAAAUCCAUCGCACUUUGUAAUACCUGUCGCAAUUUGUAAUAAACCGUGUCGCACUUUGUAAUAAAAAAGCUGUCGCAAUUUGUAACAACUGUCCAUCGCACUUUGUAAUAAACUAAGCUGUCGCAAUUUGUAAUAAUUCCAUCGCACUUUGUAAUAACUUUUUGAGAGUAAUUAAACUUACUUCGUCAACAUUAAUAUAACGCCAAAAUAUGCAUGGUACUUCAUAAACAAAGAUGAUGACGUCUGCUAACACGUAACAACUCCGCUCAUUCAAACACUUAACUUUAUUCACAGUCCUAAACUUUUUUUUUUAGAUUGAUGUUGAUUAGUUAUCUGAUUUACGAAAUGCUGUAUUCUUAAACCUUGCCAUUGUACUAGGUUGUUUGCAUUCAAUGGUUACCCGGCGGGUGUACUUCCUUAUAUGUCCAAUACGGGGAUGCGCCUCUGGACAGAGCAUUGCCAGAGUACAGGAUCUAGACAGAGCUAGACUCACUAGACACAAACGAGCCAUCAUUAAAAAGCAUUUAAUUCCGCAAAUCGUAACAUCCAUCCUACAUCAUUCGAAUAAGGACACCAGGAGAGUUCAAGCUUUCCUUGUUAGAUCUUAUAACAGGUCGACACAACACGUGGUGCACCGUCCUUGUCUAACGCGCAAUCUUAAAGAAGUAAUAGUGGCUUCGAUAUGCAUAUUUUGGCCAACUAAAUCAAACGAGUCCGGAAAGAUUCAAAAUGUUUAGUGUAAAUAAAAAAAAAGCACCUCACCAGUCGCAAUCCGUCGAACCACAACAGAAACCUAAACACAAAAUCCAGUUAGUCGCUGGCCAAUACCUUCGUAUGUACCUGUUUUUAUAACACUCACUUGGGGUCUUACACUGAGCCGGCUGGCCAUUUGGUCCAUUAUUCUCCCUUGAUUUGGUCCCAUAUAGGAACAAAAGGAGUACUCAUUCCAUAUUAAAACAAUUGUUUUCUAUAAGGAGUCCUCUAAAACAAAUACCAUGGGAAUAGUAGAAAAUUGUCCUUCCCUGAGUAUAAACACUCGUAAGACCUUGCAAUUCUUCCGAGCGUGUUCUGGAAUACUGUUUUUCCACAAAAUGGAAAAGAUGGAAUAAACCAUCCAUUACUACUUGAGUUACCCUAUCUAAGGAUCAAACCAAAGACACAAGGCCAACAACGUAAAAAAUGAUACCGUAUUAAAGACUCGAGAUCCUCAAAAACCAUACCCUAUCAGGCGGUACUUACCUAUCUAGCCCAUCCAUAUAUAGGAUCCCCCCGAAGACUUCACGUGUCACGUGGCAAGUAGACAUGGAUUUGGACGACGAAUGCAAGGUUAUUCAUGAAUUUUGUGUUGUUAAAUGUUGCAUUUCUUAUUUAAAUAUUUUUUAAUUUUAACAUGAUUCAUAUCUUUUUGAUGAUAUGUCACAGGAACUCUCAUGUCUUUCAUAAAGCGUUUCUAGUUGGUCACGUGAUUAAUCAAGGCAGAAAAAGUUACCAAAGAAAAGGUUACGGAGACGUUACGUGCUAGCAGACGUCAUCAUCUUUGUUUAUGAAGUACCAUGCAUAUUUUGGCAUUAUAUUAAUGUUGACGAAGUGAUUUGAAUCACUCUCAAAAAAUUAUUACAAAGUGCGAUGGAAUUAUUACAAAUUGCGACAGCUUAGUUUAUUACAAAGUACGAUGGACUGUUAUUACAAAUUGCGACAGCUUUUUUAUUACAAAGUGCGACGCGGUUUACUACAAAUUGCGACAGGUAUUACAAAGUGCGAUGGAUUUAUUACAAAUUGCGACAGGUAUUACAAAGUGCGAUGAUUAUUACAAAUUGCGACAGUACACUCGCCAGGGCCCAUCAGUAAACAACGAAGUUGAAUCAAAGGAAUUAAAGGCGUUACUUAAAGGGGCGGUGUCACGGCAGUCCAGUUUAUUUUGUUUAAUUUUGCCAAUUAGUCGCCUCUAAUCGCUAUGGAACUUAAAGUAAGCAAAGAAAUUACAUGUAAAUGACAAACUCAGAGAUACGAGACAAACAAAUAUGUCUCCUGAGCAUUAUUUUUGAAGUUGCAAGCAGCAGGGAUCAACACGUGUCGACACGUGUCGCCUUUUCUCGCGUGGGGUGAUUUUCACGCGCGCUGGCGUUUCGCUCGCUCUGCUAUCCCUGAGAAAAAAUGGGAGUCGACUCGUAGUCUAUGACCUUCUGCACAUGUUAGCUCGCUCAUACAAAUCCAAUUUGUGUAGGGGAUAGGGGGGAUUUUUAGGGACCAAGGCCGCUCACCGGGACCUUCAAUCGUUUGUUAGUUUGUCGAAAGGAAAAUGGCGUAAGAAAAACUGAUCCAUUCAUUCAUAUGAAUCCUCCCAGACUAGCAAAUAACGUAUUUAUAUUUUUCCUACUUGUAAAAAAAGCCUCCAACCCGCACAUGUAUGUGUGUUGAUGUAGCGGGCGAUUGAUUGCAAAAACUAAAACUAAGCUUUACAACAUUUUUUAAACUUGUGAGAAUAUGUGUCUUGGUAGAAAAAUUAUGAGCUUUUUUGUGUCAUACAAGGAUAAAAGAAUAAGCAAACUUUAUAGAAAGCUACAAAAAAAUUCUUGCUAAAGAUUUUUUUGGGCAAUGAUGAUUAAUUAUUUAUUAGAAUAUUUUAAGAUUUUAUUAUUUGCAUUCAGCUUAUGGCAAAGCCCCUGCAUACAUUCAGAACCUAGUUUCUUUGAAAUCGCAAGGCGCAUACUGACUGAACCUCAGAUCCGGUCAGAUGGGAUUUUGCUAGCAUCCCCAACAUUUAGGACCAAGAAAGAAUGAGCCUCUCUUGUUAGGACUAAGGUCACACUAGGCGAUUGGUCCUUCCAAGUGGCUGCACCCAAGUUAUGGAAUGCUCUACCACCUGAGCUUUGCGAUAUUCCUAACUUGCACACUUUUAAGACCAAUCUUAAGACGUACCUCUUUAAGUUUGCUUAUAGUUGAAUGAAUUUUAACUGUUACGUAUCGAUAUUUUAGAUUUUUGUUGUAGAAGUGACUUACUGCUUUUGUAUUGUAAAUAGGUUUGUUUUUUUCAUGCUCUUAUUACUAAUGUAAUGUGCAUUUGAUCAUUUUUAUGCAUACCUGCGUAAUAUAAGUUAUUAAACUAUUUUUAUCAUUAUUAAUAAUAAUUAAUUAUUAUUAAUUCAUGGGAACCGUACAAACGACAUAUUGACGAAAUCAAGCAAAACUAACGACGAGAGAACGACUAGACAACUAACAAUUUGACUAACAAUAUUCGACUGUUAACGGUGACAAGGACGGAUGAAAACGCACCCAUGACAUUACGAGUUUUCACAGCCAAUAAUAUCACGGCUCUACUCACAGACGACCAAUAACAUCUCGACUUGAUUGACCAAUCAGGUCAAUAACCAGAGUUUAAUACCAUAAACUGACGUGAUACAACUCUCUUUGACAGUGGAGAUGAUUACCGCACAGGUUGUCGAAACGUCAGUCAUUGUCAACAACAACAGUCCUUUUCAGGACUACGUUCACCCGGACGAUCAUAUUCAACCUACUUUUGAUAUGAAAUGACUUCUGGAUUCAAACCUUUCACCGAUUUAAAACUUUAGCUUAUAUUAUCAAAAAUGAAGCUUUCUUCAGUAUAAAAAAGACUUAUGUAUCUUGGCAGACUAGCGUGCAGUUAUCUUUUUUUGUGUCAAACAAGGGUAAAAAAGAAUUAGCAAACUUGAGAAAGCCGCAAAAAAUUUCGAGGUAAAGAUUUACUCAGUCGGAAACUGAUUAAGUUAAUUUAGUCGAGCAGGAUCAAUUCUGCGCCGUAUGUAAGCUUUCCAAAGAGUCAUAUUUUACAGAUACGAAUCUUAUGGCCGAUUGAAUUGAAUUCGAGUAAUAGUAAAUUAAAAUAUAUUAACAAAGAAAUGAAAAACGAUGGUAACCGAGGGCUGCAUGAUAAGUCGUAUUGUUUAAUCAAACUUGUAAGCUAAAUGAAAUCAUUGACAACUGACAUUGAACUUUAGAGAAAAGUAGAAAACGAGCGAAGCAAACGUCUGAAUGAAAAACGACAGAAUCUAGAUUUAGACAGCAAAAAUGGAAAACGGAAUAGCAAACACUAUAAAAAUUUCGAAUAAACAGUGCAUAAAAGCAUGAUUGCAGUCCUUACAGCGCGCUCGCUUGUCUCCAUGUCGGAAUGUUAGAAUGACAAAAGAUUUUGUUAGGGGACUGGACCCCAGGGGACCCCGGGUCCAGUCACUGGUGCACAAGGAUGAAGGACGGGUCCACACUCUUCGAUUUUUGGCAGGCAACUCCACCACAUUUUUUUCCUCCUUUUGCCCCCUCUCAGACUUCUCAAGGUCAGUGUACACGGAGUUGCCUGCGGAGGAGGCUAGGGUAGGGUUGAGUUGAAAAAUUGUGCGUACCUCUGGAAAAAUCCUAGCUACGUCCCUAGAUAUCAGUCUUAAGGAAAGCUAACCGAAGCCAGUUUAUAAACAUUUUUCUUGAAUCACAGCUCGAGCUCAGACAUCCAUUACUGCUAGAGAACCAAGCGCAACAGUAGCAGAAGGAUCAAGCCUCACCCUCGAGUGGGAUUUUUCUCUUCAAUCCAGUGACAGUUUAAGGGAGAUUGUUUUUGGUCUUUGGGAAAAAGGCUAUACAAGUUCGUUCUUUAUUACGGUAACGCAAAGUCGUGGAGCCGUUGUGAAUCCUGAACUAAGUAAAAAGCACCCAAGCUAUGUGGGUCGAGUCUUUUGGGUGGGGAACAUUUCCAGAUCAUAUGCCGCGUUCCGCUUGGACAACACAAGACUCUCUGACAGCAAAACAUAUGGGUGUCAGCUUGGUGUUGGUGGUUUUGGACAAACUAGAGAUUCCAAGAUGUCUUUAGUUGUCGAGGUAAGAGAUGUCUUUAAGUUAUUAUGAAAUUUUCCCAGUCUGUGAAUCAGAAUCUAUGCACAAACAGCUCUAUUGAUAUGCUUAGGAUUUCAUUGCGGCAGUUACCUUUCUAAGAGCCACCUUACGUUGAUAUGUUUCAUAGAAAAGUUUUAAUUACUUAAGAGAGUGAGCUAAAGUUUUUUCGCGGUAUGUUAAGUUGUUGUGGUUCAACUUUGUCCUUGGUUUACACAUCAUCUUCCAUUGUGUUAAACUUAUUAUCUUACUUAGGCCCUAUUAAAAAAACCCAGAAUACUCUUUGCUCUGCGUCUCCAAAAUUAUGUAUAAGCGCUGUCUCCAAUUUUUCGGCGGACGAUUGUCCAAAGUCCCGAGGGAAAUUGAAAAAAUGUUUAGGCAAAAAUUUGGAGUAAUAUUUAAACAAGCGCCUGCUACGCAGGCUAGAUUAAAGCCUAGGGCAAACGUCAAAGUUUUCAUGAGAUGAACGAAACUCUAAUUUGCGUCGACCUAAGUUAAGUUAAGAUCGCCUGUUUAGGUCAGACGGCGAACUUUGUACGCGAACCACUCAACUGAAUCAGACCAAAAAGCAAUUUUAAUAAAUUUUCUCCUAAAAAGGCUAAAUUACAAAUUUUUAAUUUGUUAGUUUAGUUUAUUGCGAAUGAAGAUCGACGUUUGUCGCGGAGAGGAUCUUCAGACCUUCUAUCUGUCAGAGGCAGACGGAUUGAACGUAUUGGACGAUCCAAACGUAUAACCAUCUCAUUCAGACGAACGUAACUGAGCCAGACGUUUUUUUUUUUAUGAACUUAACUCACCAAGUUUGCAUUGGUUCGUCUCAUGAAAAGUUUGAUAUUUGGCCUAGGCGGGCCUAAUAGUAUUAUUAGACUCAAAGACAGGCGCCCGGAGACUUAUGUUAUUUGUCAAGCUUAAGAGAACCUGCCAAUUCAAGGAGAAAUUGCUAAUGUAGCUGAAUUCACUAAAUGAAAGGAAAGUAAUUUACUGACAAUUUACAAACAACGUAAACAACGUUAUAGAAGAAAAGAGGGCAACACAGGAUCUAAACAUUAGCUAAACCCUAUCCUAAACUUGAAAACUCUCUUUACACUGUUACAGUUUAUUGAAGAAAGCACCUUCCACAGGGUUUAAGAGGAAGAUGGCUUUACCCUUAAAAAAUAAUAAUAAAUAAUUUUCCUCGGUUGAUAAUCAGCAUAACCAAUGUAACAAGAUCAUGCGCAGAACGCACGAACCUGCAUUUUAGCGAGUCAUUUCAUUUAUACAUAACUCUGGGGGAUCCAGCGUUUUGCGUUCAUGAAAUCCGUACGAAGUAACCCGGUUCGUUUCUUCAGUGUAGUUUGUGUACAUUACUGUUCUAAGCAUUGCUGUGUUUCAGUAUGCUCAACAAUACUCAUGUCAGGCGCCCCUAUAUUGCAAAUGUUUUUCAUUGCAGCAAUUACGAACAACAAAAAACUAACAGUGAGCAAACGUAGUCAAAAUGCAUAAACGAAAAACACCUUCUUCCGCAGAAAUUAUCAUUGGAUGGAAAAGGAUCAGCAUUUUUACAUGUUCCUUUAGCAAGAGUUGGUAUAGUUGGACAGAUAGCUGAAUUUGAAUGGGAAUACCAGUACGAUACUAGUGUUGCUAAUGGUGGGGAUGUAAAAAUUGUCCAAUUUAGCAAAAGGUCAAAUCCGCAGACUAAGCCGCGAAUCCUGUGGAAAUUUCAGGACAAUGUAAAAACGACUAUUCCGGAAUAUGCCGAGCGUUUAUUUGUGUCCAACGUGACGAGGAAUGAGCGGGAAAAAUAUCCCAUUGAAAGAUAUACUUUCAAACUUUUUAAAGUCAAUACAAACGAUGAGGGAUACUACGAAUUAAACGUCGGGUUCACAAAUGAAGAGAUGGACUUGGACAGUCGAGUAUCUCUUGAUGUACAUGGUAAGGAUAUAAAUUAAAGUAAGAAGCCUGCGAGCUUAUCUUUUUCUUAUAUAAACUUCCCUUAGCUCUAGCGAUAAUUAGUCUAAGAGAAGAAGCUUUUGCGUUAAGUAUGAGUUUAUAAACCGACAUUACGCAUUAUUAUGUUAAAUCUACAGGAUUAUAUUACACCCACAGGGAACACCAAUCACUAACACGAACGGACGACAGGAGACAAUCACUUUGCGAUUAUUGAAGCGUCAUGAAACGAUUUGGUUACGAUUAAUGACGACACCUUCUCUUCUCUAAUCCUGCAUUAAAAAUGUAUUAAAUACUGUUUGCGUGGAGGGAGUAUUAGUAACGAACGGGGUACACUCACAAAUAAGUAUUAGUAUUAUAUUAUAGCACAAUACUUUGUCCAGACUUGUGCAUUAGUUUAAAGCAAACUUGAACAGGCUUGCCUCCAGCCACCAAGACUGAACUUUCAUUUCUUAAAAAGUGACAAACAAAAGCCAAUGGCCUUGACAACGGCGUGGUGCUACGGCAUAAGAGUAACGAUGAUCCAUUAUAGUGCAGAUUUCAUUUAAUUUAACGUAGAUUAAGCACCUCAGGAAACCCUAUAGAAAGGCAAAAUAAAUCAAUUAACCAGAACGAGGAUCAAUGUGAGCCAGUCACUCAAAGGGAUGGGCAGAAGCGAUAGAAAGAGAUAGGUACUAUGUAUUCAAAUCAAGAUAUAAAAACAGCUGUAUAUUUAAACCCUUAAGACUGAUAAGCUUUUUUCAUUUUCGGAAACGUACACUAGCUGUCAUUUGGAUUAGAAGUUGUUAACCCUACAUUAGUUUUUAAACCAUAUAACAUACAGCGAUGUGUAAGUCAAAGAUCAUCUAUGAAGAAAGCCGUCCAUCUUCGUUUUAUGUCAUUUGUCUUGACAGUGCGUCCUCGAAUAAUAACAAAUGGUAACAAGAAAAAUAGAGGGUCCUAUAAAGAAGAUGAAAGACUUCUCCUCGCGUGUGAAACCGAGGGAGGAACAACUCCAAAUAUAAGGUGGAUGAAAAAUGGAGAACUAAUGCCUGGAGAACAAAAAGAUUAUUUCUCAGUCGAGAAUCUGUCAAAAAAUGAUACCGGAGUAUAUUCCUGUUGUGCUUAUUAUCCGAACGGUAAUGUCAGCAGCAUGGAGGUGCUCGUGCGAGUGCAAUGUAAGUGCAAGUUAUUUUUAUUAAAAGGCAACGAUUGAGUAAACUAUUAAGAUGUCAUUGUUGCCAGAGACGAAACGUCGCUAAAAUAUUGAGUAUUAAUGUGAAGGUUUGGAGAAACUCGCUCGCUAAACUAGAACGUACCGAAGGUCUUUUUAACAUCUUCGAUCGUCUUCACCUCUUUAUUCUUCUCAGUGUAAUAACUUCUACUGUUAACAUCUAGCUCUAAGUAAUUACUUAUAACUCCCCCUAAAUUCCUACUUGCUUAAAAGCCAAAUAUCAGUGGUUUUGUAACCAAAGCUUGGGUCAGUUGACCGCGUCCCUGAACCUUAGCCGCUGUAAUCGGUAAGAAGCUACAAAUCAAUGAAAAACUAAAACGCUGAUUAACAACCCGAAACAGAAACCUAAUCCAGCUUUAAAAAGCCAAGGUCAGCUUUGAUCUACCGCCAAAACACAACCACCUGACAAAGCCAAGCCAAGGGUGUUCCAAAAAUUAAAAGUAUCUAAGCGAGCUAAGCAUGAAUUCAAGUUCGAGUAAAGUCAAAAGAUCAGAGUAGGAAAACACCCAGGCAUGUGGACAAAAUCCUAAUAACGAGGAUGCAUGAGCUAUGCUUGUGUGCUUUUUCUUCUCAUUUGAGUUUACUUCUAUGACUGGCAGAUCAUAUCAAAAUACUUCACAAUAAUGAUGAUAAUUGCGCAGAGUAACUGUGGCGCCAAUCUUAAUUGGUGCAUUGGGAGCUAUGAUCUCUAAAAACAAGGAAGAGUGGUUGGCGGAGACUGCCGUCACGUGUCGUUUAGUGUGACGUGAUAUCAAAGGAAGACUCCAGCAAACCAUCCAAUCGAAGAUAUGUUCAAUGACGAUAAUAAUAAUAAUAAUAAUAAUAAUAAUAAUAAUAAUAAUGCUGAUGAUGAUAAUAAUAAUAUUGCUCGUAAUAAGAAAAAUAUUAUAAUUAUUAUUAUCAUUACUUCUAACUCAGCGUACUUAAUGCUAUUUUAACCAAAAAACUGUUGCAGAUGCCCCAAGGGUCAACACUCCUUCCACGAGCACUAUUCUGUCAUGGAAAGGUAAUCCCACCAACUUAACAUGCUCAGCAAUGGGGGAUCCUGCUGCUAACUUUUCAUGGACAAGAGCUGACGAGAAGCUGCCGGCUGAACAGUCUCAAACUUCUACCAACACAAGUGUUUUGACGAUUAUUCCGUUGGCAGAUUCUGAUUUUUCAAACUACACUUGUACAGCAUAUAAUGGCAUUGGUAAAGACAGCAAAGUAUUUAUACUUAAACCGAUAAGUAAGUAUGGUUAAUAAUUGCAAUUAAACUUGGCUAGAAUCAUAUUCUCAGAAUAACGCUGUUGCUUCAAAACGAUCCUACUCUUGCACAAUAAAAUAUAUAUUUUUAUUUUUUGUGUGUAUUUUUCUCAUCUGUCAACCUAAUCAAAGUAGCCUUGCCUGACCCUCAUUUCUUUUAAAAUGGCCAUAAGCAAAAAGGAAAAUUUUUGAGUUAAGGAACACUCAUUAGAUAUGACUAAGUAUAAAGAGCGAUAAAAAUGCCUCCGAUUAGUUCAAUAGUUAAGUCUGCUUAUUUGGUUCUGACUAUACUUAUUCAUGAUGGAGUAACUGCUACCAUAUUAGGCCCCUCUCUCUAAUAUAAUAAGCCCCCCUCUUGUUUAAGCAGCCCAUCCCCUCCCUCUUAUUAUUAUUCACUGUAAAUGAUAGGACUGUGUAAAUCAAUUACGACUGUCAGGGGUCUAUUGCGACUGUAAAACUUUGUGUGGACUGAUUAGGGAUGGUUUAUUCACCAACCGAAAGUUCUGAUUUGUUUUUCAUCCUCGGCUGUAUGAUCUCCAACGGCUUUUACUUGAGCUUUCCCACUUUGCAUUCUGGUUCUUUAUGGAGAACUGAUAUCAUCUUUUUUGCUAAAUUGAAUAAGCCCCCUCCCGUAAAAUGAGCCCCCUGUAUCUAUUAAGCCCCCUGGGCAUUAACAGAGGUUUACGGUAUUUCAAAGGUCGCCUUGUGUUGUUUCUGUUAUAGGCCCGCCAAGUCCACCAAUAAUCACCCAUAUCGACGUAACUCACAACGCCAUCAAAGUGGAAUGGAAUAUUCCAACCACUAAGCAAACUACGCCAAUUACGGAAUAUGUGUUAAGAAUAAAGAAGCUAGGAGACUUCACAUCCAUCGAAGUUACUUUUCAGGCAAAGAGUAAUUACUAUAUUUUAGGAAAUCUGACUCGAGGAACUAAUUAUACAGUUUGGUUGUAUGCAACUAACGUGGCCGGUAGAAGCAAUGCUUCAGAGGGAAAGCAAGUAGAAACGCUAAUUAAUGGUGAGUAACUUCCAACACGCAGGGAACACUUUUGUCAUGGCUACUGCAUGAAAUCAAAAUUGACCAAUCAAGCAGAGGAUUUUUCCCCUUCUCCGUCUACCCUCAUAGGUUAUACGGAUUUGUUUGUCUGCUUUAUGGCAAGUCAAAUAAUUCUUUUAUCCAGACGCUAAUGCAACUAUCAAUGAAAACUGGUCGUGACUAGAUGUACAAAUUUAGACACGAGCAAUAAACCCAGGGGGGAGUGGGUGCGAGUAAUGUAUUAUUGGAUAAAAAAUGCGAGACCCACAUAGUCGAAAAAAAGGUUCCCUGAAAUGUUUAUCGGGCCUGUAAUAUAAGAAAUACAGCCAUUCAAAAACUCCAAAAUUUAGUUAGAAUACAUACAUGUCCUGACUUUGUGUCUGGGAAACCAUACAUCUCUUAGUAAAUUUUCAAGUACAUAAUUAGCUGUACCUUGUUCAAUAUUAGCUUCAUUAACACCAGAGUUGAGAUUCUUGCAAAGAACUGUGUGUGAAGUAGUACCCAGUGCUCCUCGGUUUAAAGUUAGGCAAUGGAUUGUGCAGAAUGCUGCGUUAUGCGUCCGAGGCUUUAAUGCAUUCAAAGAGAAUUACGGCUGGGUGCUAGGGGAUAAAGGAAGUGCGAGUCUGAAUCCUGCUAUGAGCGUGACUUUCUGUGCGUUUACAGCUUUAUUUCUUAGUAGGUUUUGCAAUAGCUAGGAUAUAACUUUUGUAGAGACGACACUUUUGAAAAAAGGAGAUAAAUCACGAGAGAAAGCGGUGGCAAUACAGCAGCCGGCUCCUAUUUGCUUGAAUAUGACUUCAAUGUACAAUACUCCUUAGGUGAGAAAUUUUCGUUGCAAUUGAAAUUAGAGCUCUUUUAAAAAGGAACUAUACGUUUCAAGGAAAACUAUGUCUUCAAGACGUCGCAAAGUCAUUGAAACUCUUGGACAAUAUACUGAAAUACUUCUUAAACCUUUUCGGUAACAAUUGUGGGGAAAACCUAAGUAUGAACUUAUUGUAAUCCUUAUUGCCAGGUUGUUUAUAGAUAAACCAAUAAAGGAAUAUUGUCCAUAAAAAAAAACUUUCCGCAUUUUUUUAAACACAGAAACCAUCUCUUGAGUUGAAAAAUUAAUCACUACCCUCGAGUUCGUUUCAUUUAUUUGAUUGUGUAUUACAGGAGAGUAUUGCGGGAGAGGUAUGUUAAAUUCAUUUGGGGUCUUCAGUGAAAAUAAGAGUUGGGAAUCCUAUUGAAUUUCAAUUUUGCAGGUUGUCCAGGUCCACCAAAGCUGCAUUUUUCCAAAGUUAACAUAAACUGCACGACUUUUCUGGCCACAUGGAGAUCUCCAGGUGAUAACGGAGGAGUGGAAGUUAAAGUCAACCGAUUUACUGUGUGGUAUCGCUUAGUGGUUACUAACAAUACCAAAGGAAAAUGGCUGAAAUUUAAUACUACAAAGACGAACUACUACGUAACGCUAGAAUGUUGCUCAACUUAUGAGAUCAUGGUAACAGCCUGGAAAAGAAAUUGUCCAAGCAUGGCUGAUCCAGACAACGCCGCAAAAGUUACGGUGCUAAAAGGUAUCUUUGAGUUCUCAUUUAACGUAUCUAGAUUGGACAGAAGGGAAGCAGGACUACUAUUACUUAUAAUUUAAUCGAUUAACUGUUUUAUUUCAUUGUAACUCACGAUUUUAUACAUGCCUACUCUUGAAGGGCAAUGUUAGUCAAUAAAGAAUGUUUCCCUUUUUUAGAUCUCCCUUGCAAUGACAAAAUUAGGAGUCAAGGUCUACAAGGUAAGUGAGCUUCUUGUGCUAUGAACUAACCCAACAAAACAUAUAUUAAACAAACGAAAAAAAUAACAUUCUUUUACUUAUCACCCGUUAGGUUUUUAUCAGAGUUACCACUGUCAGAUUUCACGCAGUUUACCAAUGAAACAGGUUGUUCUUAGGUAAAAGUACCAUGAUAUUAAAACUAUAAAGGAAUAAAGGGAGAUGUAAAGAAUCAACCAUAAGAGGACACAGAAAAAAUCUGAGCCCCAGAUGGGAUUCGAACCCACGAUCCUCCGUGUUGUAGAUCGGAUGCUCUAACCUCUGAGCUACUGAGGACUCGUUGGCGAGCAAGGGUCAUUUUUGUGGGUUGGACUUCCGAACCGUAUCUCGCAGUCACACAGUCCAUCACAAGCAACACAUUAAUGCUUAACUGUAUCACACAGUCACAUCAAUAGUACGAAAUGUCUCACCCAUAAAGGAGCCUCCAACCAACCAACCUAUGCCUGCGAGAUGCGGUUCGCAAGUCCAACCCACAAAAAUGACCCUUGCUCGCCAACGAGUCCUCAGUAGCUCAGAGGUUAGAGCAUCCGAUCUAGAAUACGGAGGAUCGUAGGUUCGAAUCCCAUCUGGGGCUCAGAUUUUUUCUGUGUCCUCUUAUGGUUGAUUCUUUACAUCUCCCUUUAUUCCUUUAUAAUAUUAAUAUCAGUAGCAUAGGUUGAUAUUAAACUGUCAGAGAAACAUCCUUCUUCUUGUUCCUCUGAAACAAGUUUAACCUGUAUGUUUGUCUCUGUUCAGGAUAUAGAAGCUUUAGUCGAGAAGACCCAGAUAUGAGAGUUGUUAAUUUUUCACCAGUAGCUGCAGUCCUGAUUUUACCUAUCAUAGCUGUAUUGGUAUGUCUGUCCUGGUCAAAUAUAUGCAAGAAACAACAUUUCAAUGGUACGUAUUUAAUACCUAAUAAAGAGGUCUCCAAAUGAAACUAAAUACACCUACCAAAUGAAAUAAACCAUUAUAUAUUUGUGUGUCUUUUUUUUGAGAAGUCGAUUUCAGCUUCUAUGUGAAAGAUACGACCGGAAUGACCGGACAAAACCAAGGUCGCACAUUGUUAAUCAGGUAAUGUAACUACAAGUGUUUGAACACAGUCACAAAAACUGUGGCUUAUCAAGGAUGACAAAGGAACGAAUGUUGUGGUAACAAUCAAAUGUGCCGGUCUGCGUAACAUGUUCAGAAAUGAGGGAUAACGAGAUGCAAGAUCUUUACCAUCAUGUGUAGUCCAACUUACAAAGUGUCUUUGUCUAUUAAAGGCCAUACAAAAGGAAGUAAUCCUGUCAAGUGCGAAUUAAUCAAAAUUGACAAAUAACCCAAUCAUAUACUGAGGUACACUGUACUUGACUGCAUUUCUGAAGAUCCUACUGUUUCUUACCAACAUGUUGAAGCCACUAAUGCAACAAUUGACCACAAAUGUGAUAAAAAUUGACUACAAAUAUAAUAAUACACUCAAAUGUAAUACAAAUUGACCAAAACGGCAAAUACUAUUCAAAUCGUUUAUACUCGAAAGAACGCCGCCCUCAAUAUAACUCGGACAAUAUCCUGUUCGAAAGAGCGCCACCCCAAACAAACUUGGCAUGCUUUUAAUCGAAAAGCAAUGAGUGCCGCGGCGCUCUAUCGCAAAAUACAAUGUUUUACUGCAAUUAAACGAAAGGGCGCCGACCAGUCAAGUAAGAGUCAUACUUGAUAGGAAGAAAAAUGAAUAAACAACUCGGUACUCUUUCGAAUUAAGAUAUUUUUCUCCUGCAUUCAACCCAUUCAAGCGAGAGUGCCGCAUUUCCCAGCAAUACAGCAGCGCUUAUUAAUUUUUGUUCAUCAAACCUUUUAAUAUGUCAGGAGCCGAAUAUGUUAAUUAUCAUUGCUGAUGUAAGCUAGAAGCAUACUGAUGUCAGUUUAAACCUUGUUUUGUUUUAAACUUUCAUUUCUUCUAAAAAGUAUGGUAUUAAACGAAGGGAUGAAAAUAAUAUCUCCAAAAACAACUCUGAAAUUUUAUUUAUCGUAGAGCACGUGAUACUCCCAAUAAGUGAUCAAAAUCUAUUAUGUAAGUCGAAUUGCAAGGUCUGUAAGGUUGCGUAUUAAACGUCAGUCAAUGAAAAAUCGCACACACCAAAUUGUAAGAAAAAAAAUCGGGAAAACAUUUGUAGAAUAUUUUAUUUUUUCGAAAGAUCGCCGCGGAGCUGAUUGAUUUUCGUACUUAAAGAUGCCAAGAUGAUUUGAGGGCGGUGCUCUUGCGACUGAAUGCAAUGGAAUAUUGUUUUCUAUAUUCGAAAGAGCGCCGCGGGCUUAUGUUUGUCCGACUUAAAUUGAGGGCGGUGCUCUUUCGAGUAAAUACGGUGUGGAUAGUGUUUGACGAUUUGACGGUUUUAUUACCUUUGUGGUUAAUUUGUAUUGCAUUUGAAGGCAUUAUUACAUUUGUGGUCAAUUCUUAUUGCCUUUGAGGGCUAUAUUACUUUUGUGGUCAAUUAUUACAUUUGUGGCUUCAAGUAAGGGUUAUCGGCCUGAAGCGAGGGUUUAUGUGAUUUAUUCCCCUCGCGCGUUCCGAGGGCAACGCACGAGGGGAAUAAAUCAUAUAACCACGAGCUAAAGGCCGAUAAACGGCUUAUUUUUACAUUGGCGAGGAUUCCUCAAGGGUUGCAAAAAUACAAUGACGAAAAAUGCCUCUAUUGUUCAUCUUUCUUUUCUUUUUCAACACUCCAUGCUAGCACUGUUGGCAUUCAUAAGUUCCUCGGUUGUUUAAUUAUGUUAGUUUCUCAAAGUCGCAUUUCGAAUUAGUUGAGUCGUAGUGAAUGCUAGAAACAGCCUAAAGAGCCUAGCAGUGUCGAGCGAUGCAGAGUCAAAUUAAAGCAGCUUUCGAAAAAAAAUUUUGAAUCUUCAUUUGCGGGUGCAGACAACGAGCAAGCAGUUGACAAUUUCAAUUUUCGCACGAAGGAUCUUUCGACCUACCUGCAUGUUUACAGAUAAAGAAGAUUCCGGGCGAGGGAUCACUACUGUAACUGACAAGAAUAUCACCAAACACAAAGAGGUCAAGUACAUGUCUUCAUCGAGUAGACAAGUUUGGGAGGACUGUUUAAAGAACGGAACACCUUACCAUGACAGCGACACUUUCCUGGAACUGUAGAAUAUUAAAGACGCUGUCAAUAGCAAUUCAAUUUCGGACUGUCGUUCUGGCUGUGGAAAUCGAUGAACCAACAACUAAGAAAAUCCGUGAAUGUGGCGCAAAAGAAAAGCAUCUCAGUUUAAUUUUAGUAAUUAUAGCGUCGUGUUUAAUAUUUCCAAUAAAUGUUUGUAAAUUUUUUUUUUUUUUUUUUUUAUGAAAAGCUAAUUAAAAUGCGAGGGGAUUAUGUUUUAAUAUGCGAGGGGGAUAAGUGACUUAUCCCCCUUGCAUAUUAAUACAUAAUCCCCUCGCAUUUUAAUUACCUGGUCAUUAGCCAGGCUCUUCCCCGCACCUAGCUUUUCAGACAGUUGAUUCGGGGGUUAUGUAAUAUAUUCCCCCCGAAAAGAACAAAGGAAUCCGAGCUUAUGUAAAAAUAAGUAGUUAAUAUGCGUGUCGAUGACUCAACAGCCUGUGCUCAUCUUCUGGUCAUCACCAGAGUAAGAAAUAUUAUGGAAAUAUAUAGAUUUUGCCAGGGCUAAAAGUGAAGCUCUCGAUAGUUUGCUCCAACAAAAUAUAAAAUCGUGUAAUGCUAAGCGGCGAAGGCACCGAGACCGGUGAAAAAACAACAAUAGGUCUAAUUAGCAAAAAAGCAACUUGGAACGUGCAUCACGCUUUUUUUGUACAUUUCUUUGCCCUUGUUUUGCACGACUACAACGUGAAAGUUCCAGAAACGUCCUAGUUACACGUUUUAUAAAGGAAAUGUCGUACGUGUUCUUGUUCUUUUUUUUUUUUCACUGCGGCUCAUUUUCACCUUGGUGGCCGCUAGUAUUUCUCUUUUUCUCACCGCAGCGACAAACUUUUCAUGUUGUCCUUCCAACAAAGAAUGUCCUUCUUUUUUUAUGUAGCUCUAGCUCUCUGUCGCUCUUUUUCGCGUUGAGCUUCGCUGGCCUGCCGCCUCUUUUCUCUUUUUCUCUGUCUUUCUUUUAAUCUGAGCUUAAUACUUAAAACAACACGGAUACAAAAACAAUUUUCCGUUUUCCGUUUUCGUCUUUAUUAGAGACCUUUAGAUUCGAGGACGAGAACGACUACGAGUACGAGAUUUGAUUUAAAGUUUCUUUGCGUAUUGUCAUAAAAUAGACACCCAGGAAUUCUUCAUUGUACUUUUUUUCACCAGAAAAGUUAGCACUGUUGUCGUUAUUGAAGGAGGUUAAGACAUCUCUCGACUGAAAAAUGCUAUAACUUCUAUCAUUUGAUAGCUUGUUUCCGCCACUUCGACAUUCUUGCUAAAAGUCGUAGUAGAAUGACGACGGCUACCACGUUUUCCCCCCAAAAUGACGCUGCCUCACGCGCGCCCAACACUUAGUAUAGAGAAAAUAUCGUACUCGUAGUCGUUCUCGUCGUAGAAUCUAAAGGUCUCUAUUGACUCUUUAGUUGUCUCUACUUCACAAGACGCGGGUGGCUAUGCGACUUCCCGCCAAAAUAAAAUGCCAAACGGUCGGGCGUACGGUCACUUGAUUACCAAAAUUUCUCUGAUGGGUAGAUUACCACACCUGUUUAGGUAUGGGGCUACGUUCGCGCGCACGUGGAGCUCCGCCAUUAAGAUCAAGUAAAAAACUUGAUUGAUUCAUUCAACUGCUUUUUUUGGUCGUCCGUCAAAUAAGGCCGUCACGUUAUGUAUUUAUUGUCGGUGAACACUGUGAACGUGAGUAGUGCUUUGCAAUCCCUUCUUUGCCACUCAAAAUAGAUGGAGUGUGUUUCAGACAAAUUUGUUGGUUUUGUUCUUUCAGUUCAGAUUGCUAGUUUCUAGCUGAUUCAGUUAAGAGCCCAUAACUCCAAAAAAAAUUAUUACGUUAACUGAAAGAACACAUUUACUACAAGAAUUUCGGAACAAAAUGAGAUUUUUUAGAAUUUUUAAAGUCUAAAUUUCUUUGGUACAGCCGUUCCACCAAUAGCACGAAAUAGCCAGGCUCAUAUGUGUCGUCAUAGCGGAGGUCUCGCGCGCAAAGCGCGCCAGCGGAGCACCAUGGGUAAGAAAAUGAAGUAAUCUAACCAUCCGAGAAAAUUUGGUAAUCACGUGACCGUACACCGACCGUCCGUCUGCAUCACAGGCAUACCAAUGUAAAAUAACUCAAUCAACAGGUAUGGCAACCCAAAUGCAACUCGAAGUUAUUUUGGCGGGAAAGCGCAUAGCCACCACAACUAAAAAGGCAAUCAACGGAAAGCGAAAUUUUUUUCUGUAUCUUUGUUGUCUAAAGUAUUUAGUUUGGAUUAAUUGUCAUGUCCACAAAGUUGGAAUAUAGAGCAGGAGAAAGACAGAGAAAAAGAGAAAGUAGGCGGCACGCCAGCGAAGCUCAACGAGAAAAAGGGCGAUAGAGGUCAAGAGCGAGAGAUAAAAAACAAAGGAGACAUUUUUUUGUUGGAAGAACAACAUGAAAAUUUUGUAACGGCAGUGACAAAAUGGGAAAUGCUAGCGGCCACCAAUGCAAGGUGAAAAUGAGCGGCAGUGAAAAAAAAAAGUGAACGAGAACACGUACGACAUUUCCUCCAUAAAACUUGUGACUAAGAAGUUUCUGGAAGUUUCACAUUGUAGUCGUGCAAAACAACGGCAAAGAAAUGUACAAAAAAGUGUGCUGCACGUGCAAAGUUACUUUUUUUGCUAAAUAGAGACCUAUUGUUGUUUUUUACCAUUCUCCGGCGUUGCCUUCGCCGCUUGGUAUUACACGAUUUUAUUUUUUUUUUUAACAGACUAUAAAUAUUUUCGAGAGCUUCUCUUUUAGCCCUGGCUAAAUCUAUAUAUUAAGACAUAAGUACAGGAUUGUUUGCCUUCUUAUCCCUCAUUUCGAGUCGACAGUGUCGUUGCAACUAACUGAAACGAAUCUUACUUGCUUGACAGCUGUUUCAGUUUGUGAAAUGGAAAAUAUUUCUAGAACUCCAAUUCAGUGUUUACUUGUGCUUAAGUCACGUGUCUCCUUAUAUAGUUACGUCAUAAUUCUUUAAUCCACGUCGCAGCUCCUUUGUUUUCCAAUGGCAUCCGACGUAAGACUAAGACGAAUGGAGGCUCAAAAUGAAGACAAAUUUCAACAUUUCAAAAUAUUCUAAAAAAAAUCUAGUUGUGUUAGAUGCUCUCACAGGAAUGCGUAGUUUUCAAUAAAAAAAAUUAGGUUAUGGGCACUUAAAUGAAUCGUUUGUAAGGUACUCUUAGCUAUGAUGUUUACCCUAAAUGGUAUUUGAGUUGGCAAAGAGCCGAAAAACGCACGAUUGACUCCCCGGAAGUAUUCGUUAACAACUGAGUUUUGUUGCCUCAGCAGCUGGUUUAAAAUGUCAAUGUCGAACUGAAUAAGUAUCAAAGUGAACAUGAUCUUCGCGGUAGAAUGAACCGGUAAUGUAGGAGCUGCUCGGAAAGUCUUUCCUGAUUCGUUCUUAUAAACAAUGGUAAUUCAUUGUUUACCAUUGUUUUCCAUUGUUGUCCGGAAAAAAUCUAGGCUUGACCAGGAAUCGAACCCUGACCUUUGCGAUGACCGGACACAACGCUCUGCUAUCCAUUGAGCUAAUGAAACCAAUUGCAGAGCAAGUAUUUAUCCACAGUUUAAAAUAUGAUCCGUUUCGAAUAUCUCAUUUCAUUCUUAAUUAGUGUUGCCUUACCAUGUUUUAGUUGUCCAGAUUAGUGGCAUGGAAGGGCCUGGCGAGAGUGAGAUGGAAGAGCUAGUUAGGUAAGCAUUUGUACGAAAGGUUAAGGCACGGUCGCCUUAUAUCUUAGUAAAGAAAAGGUAUUUAUCCUGUAUCAAGAACACACCAUAUACACAAAGGGCAAAAAUUCUCCUGGAUUUACUACUUUUUAUGUGAUUAACAUCAAAUAGUGAUAAUUCGUCGAGUAUUUUAGCUAUAGUUGCCUUAUCUUCACUACAGCACCCCAGUCCCACAUGUUCCUACAUGGGAGUUUCCACUCUGUAACUUAGCAAUUGAGAGAGUGAUUGGUAAUGGUGCCUUUGGAGUAGUUUCUAAAGCAUACGCUCGUCAUUUGCCUGACAAGCCUGAUGAAUGGACCAUUGUCGCAGUUAAAAGCUUGCAAGGUACAAUAAAUUCCAAUAUAUCAUUCCAAUUAAACAUACUGACUAUUGACUCUUCUUAGGUAAAUUGUCAAACGCACUUACCAUGUAAACCAAUGUUAUAAAACCUAUAUUCCAUACUAUAUACUACUUUAUUAUAAACCCUAUAUUCCAUGGUUUCCAAUUUGGUGUCUUAAGAAUCCGCAAAUGUUCUUUUAUUUUCACUUCCAAUGAUUAAAUUUACCUUACUGGCACUUGUGAACAGAUGAUGCAACUGAAAGCGAAAGAAAAGAUUUGGUCUCCGAGCUGAACCUUCUGAAGAGACUUAAGCCGCACCCCUAUAUUAUAAGACUGUUAGGCUGCGUUACAACAGAGCCAGGUAAAUAAUUGACUUUUUUCUUUUACCAUUCAGUUAAUUAACUUGUUAUAUUUAAACUUCGAAUUCUUAGUGCACGUAUCGAAUUUGCAAGCUGUUAAAUGGUGCAUCUAUUUUUAGUAGUUACUUGCUAAAGAUUAUUGUAAAAGAUUAUUUUCCUUGGAUGAACAAAACAAGUAUUAGUGACGUAGUGAUACGUUAUAUAUUCCUUAGCAGUUGAUACAUCUUCAUCGUGAAAGAGGUUGUGUAUUUUAGAGGCUGUAAAUUCAUAGGGGACAACGAACUGUUUUUCGAGCAUAGACUAUAGUUUUUAAUCCGGAACUGUUAGUGAUAAGCUUUCCUAUCUAGCCGGAUUUUUGAAAACGAACAAAGCGAAACCUGUGUUCAGCUAAAUUCAGCUAAUUCUUUUAUAGAUGGUCCGUUUGUUAUCAUUGAGUAUGUACCGUAUGGAGAUCUGCUUGGAUAUCUUCGGAGAAGUCGAGGAGCAACUGACCGCUAUUACGAUGAACCUGAAAUCGAACCCACGACAAACCUGACAUCACAGCAGAUGUUAAAGUAUGCAUGGCAGAUAUCUGAAGCAAUGCGGUAUAUCGCAUCGAAAAAGGUACAUGGUGCUCUUCAUUGGUCAUGACUUGUGGGAAGAACAUGGACCUAUCCGUCACAACAUCAGUUUUUAAAUGCGAUCCCUAAAAAAAUAGUGAAACAACUUAACAUAAACCCAUUGCAAUGGACAGUGAUUGGAUGAGGUUGAGUAGAUAUAAAUGAUUCUGCGAAUCAUAAUUAGUAAAGAAAACUGGUUAUGAAAGCCGACAAACAUCAAAGUUGAAAACUACGGUGCUGUAGUUUAUGUUGGAAGCUCCCUGACCGCCCACAGUCCUUUGCUUUUUGUUUACAAAUUGUGACUGAAUAAAUUAAUACGAUGUUUUUAUUGAUCAGCAAGUUCAAAAUUAGAGGAAUGCUAUUGAACGUUGUGCACUGUCAGGUUAGAAAAGCUAACAAAAAAAUAUAGCAAGAGAGUCUAACGGAUUUCAUAACCAUUCCACUUUUUAAUAACUAUGUGCAAAUCGGGGGAGGGAUAUUUCUGCCCUUUUAAACUCUCUAUCAUAUUCAAAACAUUCAGUUUUAAGGUCAAGACAGUGUUUCCUCAACGCAAAUUUUUUAACACAUUUGUUCGUCCCUCGGUUGUUUGAGGAAAUGUAGUGGCGUUUUUUUUCUUAGAGAUAUUUUCCAUGAGACCUUGGCACCCUCCAGUUUCCUUGUGUGUGCUUAUUACCUUUUUGAGACAUUGAUUCGGCUGCUCUGGGCUUCCCCUGUGGUAUGUUCAGAUAUCUUCCGCUAUCAUUUACGAGCUCUGUUUUGCCAAAAUGGCUGGGCCUCCGAGCUCCUGUCUUUGUAUGGCGUCAAUAGUCCAGCAAUUUUUUUAUCAUUAAUGAUUAUCUUAAUAAAUCCUCCAAAUUUGGUUAGCGCUAGCAGGUUAUGAAAAAUGAGCCGAGGAAUGUAAGACAAUAAUGUACUUACAAAUAUUUCGAACGGCAUACUGCAAUUUUUUUCAAAGGAUUAUGCCAUGGCCAUUCAACUGAUUUAUCGGCGUUUUUUCCGUGAAAGUGAAGCCAAACAGUCAUUCCGGAUUGUAUUAACCAAUAGGCCAAAAGCAAGCAUUUCCAUAUCAAUGGCUUCGCACUCAGCCUUGCUGUGAAGUAGAUUUCAUCAUCUCGAUUAGGUUGGUAAAAGCCGGUUAGGCAACGCACCAACCACUUACAAAAUACAAAAAAAUAUAACAAUUAAAAUUACAUGUAACAAUAAAAAAUAAACAAAUUAACCAAGGUACUUCUUAAAUUCUUCAAGAGACGAAGGGCAUAUCGGGGAGGAGCUGAUGCCAGUCUCUAGAAGUUGUUGGAAAAAACAAAAACUUGAACACACCUUUCUUUUUUUCUUGAUUUUUGGGGCAACUGGGGAAUAGCCUACAUUUUUGUUUACAUACCUAUUUUGAAUUAAUUUAAGAAUAUUUUGCAGCAGGCUCAAUUCAAAUAACAGCUAAAGGUGACAGUGGUACAAUUAAGCCUCAUCUUAACUGUAGUAGUCUUAUGUCUGUCGUUUCACUGGCUUUACUCAUCAGUCAGUGUAACAAUAAACACUUAAUGACUGGUGCCUAGGGAAACAGUUAUUUCGUUUCCCGAGAAUCUCAACAUUGAGAUUCGAGGGAAACAAAAUAAACUGUUUCCCUAGGGAUUAGUCUUUAAGUGAUUUGUUACAUGGCUGGAAAUUGGGGGCUGGAAAUUCAUUAAACCUCGCUGUAACGAAUGUCGUCGGUCAACAUUCGCGGUCUCAGACGUCAUAGAUUUUGCAAUGUUGCCUGCUCAGGGAUUUUGGCGGGAACCAGUUUCAUUGUUAGAUGCCAUGUGACCUGGAAGUAACCAAUGUUGUGAUUGUUCACAACAUAGAUUCUUCACAGAGACUUAGCAGCAAGGAAUGUACUGGUUGGUGAGAAUCACAGGUGCAAGAUUACUGACUUUGGAAUGGCUCGAGAUGUCAAUUUGAAAGAAAUUUAUGUUCCACGAUCUCAGGUAUGCGGCUUCGACUUGAUCUAAGUCUUCAGUUUCCAAAUAUAUUAUAAAAGUGGGGACACCUUGAAGCUUCCUUUCUGACUGUACAUCUGAUCCAUGAUAAGUACAUCAAUAUGAGGUCAACUUAUUGUUUCCAAUUUUCAAAAUUCAAAUAACACUUAAUAGACAUAUCUCUGCUUUUAAUCUAAAUUUAUUAAAGAGGCCAUUUAUUUCAACAUUUUUUGUUAGGGUCGUAUCCCAGUGAAGUGGACAGCAAUUGAAGCAAUGACAGGGGCAAUGAAAUACUCCAUCCAAAGUGAUGUGUAUGUAUUAAGUGAACCUAAAUUCGCUGUGAAAUAUUUUCUUCAUUCUAUUUACUAAAAACUGAGAUAAAUAAGAUAUAAUAUGCGUGGUGUGGAAGUCAAUGUCUGUUAAAUGGCUCUGUUUAGACCUUAAACAGAGCUCUUCAACAAAGACUGAGUUCGACAUUCACAUUCUCAUUUCUGCAUUCUCAUCUGAGGGCUUUCAAAGUAUUAUACUAAGAAAAAUUGCGCCUUUUGCACUACCAAGCAAACGUUUUCAGAGAAACCUUUUUUGGGCAACUGUAUUUAACUGAAUUGUAACGAAAUGAUUAAAGAGAAAGGACUUUAAGUUAUUUAUAGAUAAAAAAAAUUAAUUUGUCGAUGUUUUUGCAUAUAUAUUUUCCAGAUGGAGUUUUGGAGUCGUUCUUUUUGAGAUUUGUACUAUUGGUACGUCAAUGGUCGAUUUGCCAUUGCCAUUAUGUCAUUAUAGUUAAUAAUAAAUCAGGUGUUAUUUUUAAACCUAUACUAUUUGUGGUAUCCUUCAACAACAUUCUCGUCUCUUCCGUAACCUGGAAAUCAAAGGUAGAUACAAUUUAACUCAUAUAUGAGCCAUACACAUUGUCAAGAAAAUGUUGUGGCGUCGUAUUUUCCUAGUUUAGUCUUACGGAAGCACUUAUAGUUUACUGUAUUUAAAAUCAACAGGAUCCAAGUAAAAAUUUGAAUGCACAAUUUUAGCACUCAGGCUAAGGUUGCUAAUCAACUUAGAAAACGAUUUUCUUAUAUUUCAAAGUUUAAAAAUUUACUAGUAUUUCAGAAUGUCGAUAGUUUAUGAAGAUCAUUGUGAGAACUUUGCUUUGCAGGAGCUGAGCCUUAUCCAGGAAUAAGUCCAUGGACGCUGCCGAAUGUUUUACUCAAAGGAUACAGAAUGCCAAAACCAGAAUAUGUCAGGGAUGAAUUGUAUGUUUAGAAUGUCUGGUUUAAGUAAUUUUAAAAAAACAUCCUCUUAAGCAACAUUGCACUCAUUUGUGAUGUCGUAGUCUGUCUCACCCUCAUCACUUCCAUCGAAUUCAGCUGUUAUGAAUCCUCACUUUUGAAAGUGACAGAACAUGCUACUUUACAUACAGGUACGCUAUUAUGAUGGACUGCUGGGAAACAGAGCCUGAAAACCGACCGUCAUUUGAUUCACUUUGUAAUAAGAUCAAACGAUUGGAGAUGGGGGCUAACCAGGUCAGAAAUCCAUCUAUCUGAUUUAGAGACUUAUUUAAUCGAUACAAAGUAAUAUUUUUCCAUUGAAGCUUGCUACAUAAACGGUUCUCUGAUUCAAUUACUAGAUGAUGUCUUACAAAUCUUCAGCUGUUGGGAAAAAAGAAAAAAUAACUCACACCGAACGGAAGACCGUAAUUUUUAGGGAGUUAUUAUAACUCCAAAAAUGGAGUAAAAAUUUUAGGUACAGGAUAACCCCUUUUUGGGGGUUAUUUUCACUCCUAAUUUAACUCCGAAUUUGGGGUCAUUUUUACUCCUGAAAAAGAGUUCUCUUUACUCCCAGUCUGGAGUUAAAAUCACUCCGAAAUGGGGUUACUUGUACUCCUUACAUGGGUUGUUUUUACUCUUUUUAGAGUUAAUUUAACUCUGAAAGUUGAGUAAAAAUUUUAGGUACAGGAUAACUUCUUUUUGGGGGUUAUUUUAACUCCUCAAUAUCUGGGGUCACUUUUACUCCUGGAAAAGAGUUCUUUAAACUCCUUUUUGGAGUUAAAAUAACUCCACGAAAAAUAACUUCACUGUAAGGAGUUAAAUUAGCCCCACUAGAGGAGUUAUUAUAACUCCCUGAAAAUUACGGUGAAGGAAACGUGGAAAGGACAGGGAAAUCUUUUUUAAAAGAUUGUACCGAUUAUCCUGAUCCAAGAAAGCACGCCAGAAAGCUCCUCCCUUCUAGCCCAGAGAAAUUGGGAUUGAAUUGACCUUUCUAAUCUAAUAAUUUGCUCUUUUCGUCUUUCAGAACUAUGUGAAUAUAAGAGACUGUCUAGAAGCUCAUGAAAAUGAAUUAGCGUAAAACACCUAUGGUCCACGAUUCAUGCAGGAACAAAUCACCAGGGACGUUUUCAUACAGGAGGGAGGGAGGGACCGCAAGAGUCCUCACUUCUUGCGUAAAAAACUUGGGGAUCGGUGGUGGUCUAGUGGUCAACACAUUGUAAUUCGGAUGCGUUGAUUCGGAUUCAAGUCUUUUCCACCCGUUGUAUCCCUACAAAAAAAAAACCUCCUCCACAUUAACUCUCCCUUCCAAGGCCUAUAAAUGGUUACUGCGGGUAUUUCUACAGAAAGCUGUAGCGUCGGGGGUAAACCUCGCGGUCUUUAUACAUGUAGAAGGGAUCGCAGUAUUCCUAAUAUAAUGAUAAUAUAAUAUAAGCGCUUGACACUACUGAAAAGAAAGAUUCUCUCUGGUCGGUUUGGCCUGACUCGCUCGAAGAGCGCUUUAUCAAUUUUUUUAUGCGAGAGACAGAAAAAAAAAAGCUGAUCAUUCUCCCUGUUUCUCACCUAUUGACGCAUUACAAGAAAGUAUAUGGGUUUGUUACCAGUGAGACUAGAGUUCUGAAAAACCCUUCUAAAAUUGUUACAAGCUCAGUUUUUUGGAAUGGGUUUAAGCAAGCCUUGUCUUUAUCGAAAAAGCGUAAAAAAUUGAUAGUCAUGGAGCAUUUGUACCAUAAGUAUUAUAACUAUUGCCAAAAUGAAGU